CCCCGCAGCGUGUAGAGAGAUCUGCCCUCCGCCUACUUCCCUAGCAGCAGUGCGGAGAUCACCACAGCUCCACUUUUCACCUCCUGCUCGUCUUUAAGUACCGCUACACACUCAUCCCUUUUCACACCGGCCGCCUUCUCCAGGCAUGGCAGACGGCCCUGUCCCAUCAUGGCAGUGCGACAUUACACCCUCGACUUCAAGCUCUCUGCACCAGCUGACCAUUCUGCAACUAUUCGUGGCCUGCAGUCUAUAUUUCAAGAGCAGGAAAUGACAGAAACUGUUCAUGACACAGAGGGACAUGGAUACUUGGCCACAUUUAUGGGCAAGAAUGGCAGGCUUGCUAUCCUGAGACUGCACUCUCAUGGUCUGGUGACUUUUGACCUGCAGUGUUGUGAAGGAGAUGAUUUAGCACAAGUGGACAAUCUACUGAAUGCACUGGAGAAGAAGCUGAACACCCUGCUACAGGGAACUAUCCAGAGGGUGAAGAGGCUCCCUGCGCUGCAGCGAGGGGGAGAGGUGGACCGGUACUGGCCGACAGCUGAUGGCAGGCUCGUAGAAUACGAUAUCGAUGAAGUCGUGUUUGAUAAAGACUCUGCUUACCAAAACAUCAAAAUCCUGCACUCUCAGCAGUUUGGAAAUAUCCUCAUCCUCAACGGGGACGUUAAUUUAGCAGAAAGCGAUUUGCCCUACACACAGGCCAUCAUGGGCAAUGGCAGAGAGCAUUAUGCUGGGAAAGAGAUUCUGAUCCUGGGUGGAGGAGAUGGAGGCAUCCUUUGUGAAGCAGUCAAGCUCAAACCAAAGAUGAUCACCAUGGUGGAAAUAGACCAGAUGGUGAUUGACGCAUGCCGGACGCACAUGAGGAAGACUUGUGGGAAUGUUCUGGAUAACUUGAAAGGGGAUUGUUAUGAAGUUUUGGUAGAGGACUGUGUUCCAAUACUUAAGAAGUUUGUAGAAGAGGGAAGGACAUUUGAUUAUGUCAUCAAUGACCUAACUGCAAUCCCCAUUUCUACAGCACCUGAGGAGGAGUCAAUGUGGGAAUUCCUGAGGCUCAUACUUGAUCUAUCCAUCAAAGUUCUACGACCUACUGGCAAGUACUUCUCCCAGGGUAACUGUGUGAAUCUCACUGAGGCACUUAGUGAGUAUGAGGGGUUGCUGAGAAGGCUUUCAUGCAAGGUGGAUUUCUCCAAAGAAGUGGUGUGUGUUCCUUCCUACCUAGAGUUGUGGAUAUUCUACACCAUUUGGAAGAAAUGACACCCUGCAUGCUGAAGCCUCGCCCUUCGAUGCACUGAGGGGACACAUGCACACAUUUCUCCAUGCACUGUUUUACUGUCCCUCUGUGCCCUCCUUUUUUUAUUAGAUGCCAGUUUUUGUUUUCAUUUUUGAAAUCACACAAUGAUUGUAUGUUUGUUUUUAGUUUGUUAGAAGGUGUACUGUGUGGUUGUUCUACGUUGACCCCUUUAGCGACCACUGUGGCCCUGUGUGUGUGGACGGGGAGAAGACAGGACGCUGCAGAUGACACUGAAACCUGGAGGGGAAUUAAGCAAGUUUUCCAUCUCGGAGUGCAGUGAACAAUCAGACAACCAGCUGUUUCUGAUUUUAUGAUAAAUUAUGCUUUUUGCUGUAGCUUUAUUGAUUGUUUUUGUGUGUGUGUGUGUGCGUGGGAGGGAGGGGGGGGGUGUUUGCCUCCCUUUUGUUACUAAGCUUUGAGUGUGAUUUGACCCACUGGAAAGUUAAUAGCAGUGUUGAUGCUGAAGGUGCUCCACUUAGGAUCCUUUCUGUUCAAUCACACAUGUUAAAAGGGAAAAGCGUUCUGCAGUAGCAGAGUUUGAUUUAGGUUUCUUUUGCUGAACUGUGAAUAUUGUUUUAUUUUAUUUUUUUAAAUGAUUUUUACCUUCAAGUUGAAGUUUUCUGUGCGUUUGCCACAUGCGCUCGAAGGAAAGAGGCUGAAUGUAGUUCCCACUUAUUUACAUUCAUGAUCCAUAUUAAGGUGUUUCAUUGACCUUAUUUAUUUGAUUUAGAUUUCAUUUCAGCAAAUACACAAUAAUCUUGCUCUGAAUAAAAAACAACACUGAGGCCAUCAGAGUGAUAAACAUCUAUUAAAGAAAUUUGGA